AUGAGGGCAUCUUAUGAGCCGCUCAGGACAUCUUUCCGCCGCCUGGAGAGUCCCUUUUCUUGGGGCUACCUUGGGAUCCUAGUGCUGGCCCUAGAGCUCCUGCUACCCACAUGCUCAGGUGACUGUGGUGAGCCACCAAAAUUCAAAACUAUGAAAACCAAGAUUGAUCAUAAACCCCCUAUUGUUAACCGGUUGGCAGUGGAAUAUGAGUGUAUCCCAGGAUACAAGCAAAUUGAUCCUACGAUAAUCAUCCUGACUGUUUGUGAGCCUGAUGGCACAUAUUCACCUGCUCUCCAGGAGGGUUGUACAGAUGCCUGUUGUGAGCUGCCAAGAUUUGAAUCUAUGAAACCCAAGGGUGAUCCUACACCCCCUUACAAUCCUGGGUACCAGGUAAAAUAUGAGUGUCGCCCAGGAUACAGGCGUCGUUUUCCCAUUCUUCCUUCCUCUGCUGUUUGUCAGCCUGAUAACACCUGGGCACCUCCUCUCCAGGAGGCCUGUACAAAAAAGUCAUGUCCACAGCCAAGAGAACCUCCAAAUGGCAAAAUAGUCUACAUUAGUGAAACUCUGGAGUUUGGCGCAGAAGCUCACUAUGCUUGUAAUGAGGGGUAUUCCUUAGUUGGAACAAAAACUCUACAUUGUGAACUCUCUGGAAAUGAUGUGGAAUGGAGUGAGGAGCCACCGCAUUGUGAAAAGAUUUUGUGUCAACCACCUCAACAAAUAGCCAAUGGAGAAUUCACCAAUAGCCACAAAGAUACAUUUGAAUAUAAUGAAGUAGUAACUUACAGUUGUAAGCCUUCAGAUGGACCAGAUGAAUAUUCCCUUGUUGGAGAGAGCAAGCUUGUUUGUUCUGGGCGCAACCAAUGGAGCCCUGACCCUCCUGAGUGUAAAGUCGUCAAAUGUGAAUAUCCAGCGCUGGAGAAUGGGAGACUGUCGUCAGGAUUUGGAAAAAAAUUUCAGUACAAAUCGGAGGUUACUUUUGAAUGCCUGGACGGAUUUUACCUUGAAGGCAGCAGCACUAUUGUCUGUGGAGCUGACAGUACUUGGGAGCCUAAGAUCCCAAAAUGUAUUAAAGUGCAGGACGACAAGCCUCCUCCAAACUACUGGAUCCUGUUUACCUCCCCUGCCACAGCCAUGGUUCAGAAAAAGGACUGA